GUGGUUAUUGGAGGGAUGUUUCCUGUUCACAAGCGCAUUGCUUCUAAUAAAGGGAAUACUUCAAGUCUACCAGUCUCAUCGCCUUGUGAUGGAUUUAAUUUCCGAACCUUCCGCUGGACACAGACAAUGCUGUUUGCCAUCAAUGAAAUCAACAAGAGAACAGACCUGCUGCCCAACACCGACCUGGGCUAUGUCAUCUAUGACUCCUGCUUCACCAUCUCCAAGGCCGUGGAGGGAACACUGACUUACCUGACGGGUCAAGAUGAAGCAGUACCCAACUAUCGCUGUGGCAACGGGCCACCUCUUGCUGCUCUAGUCGGAGCUGGAGGUUCGGAUCUGUCCAUCGCCACAGCCAGAAUUCUGGGGCUCUACCAUUUUCCACAGGUCAGCUAUUCAUCAACAUGUUCUGCCCUGAAUAACAAGUUCCAGUUCCCCACCUUCCUACGAACCAUCCCUAAUGACGUGCACCAGUCUGCAGCCAUGGCUCAGAUGGUGCUACAUUUCGGAUGGACUUGGGUGGGCAUCAUAGCUGCCGAUGACGACUACGGCAAAUACGGCAUCAAAGACUUUAAGGAGAAGGUGGAGGAAGCUGGUGUCUGCAUCUCCUUCUCUGAGACCCUGCCAAAAGUGAACAACCCAGAGGCCAUCCAAAGGAUUUCUAAAACCGUAGCUGAGUCCACAGCCAAGAUCAUUGUGGUCUUCUCAUCAGACGUGGACUUUAGUCCUCUCAUCCCUGAGCUGCUCCGGAACAAUGUGACCAACCGCACCUGGAUUGCCAGCGAGGCCUGGGUCACCUCUGCUCUCAUCAAUCAGCCUGGGAUGAACUCGAUGCUGGCUGGCACCUUGGGUUUUGGAGUGAAGAGGGCUGACAUCUCCGGUCUUCGGCAAUAUCUGCUAAAUUUGGAUCCCUAUGCUGACAAGCUCACUGAAGAGUUCUGGGGAACAUUGUUUAACUGCACUUUAGACUACAACACAGCACUGAGUAUGGCCAAGAACACGAACAGCUCGUCCUCCAGAGCAAAGAGGGGUGUACCAGAUGGCCUGUGUAGUGGGAAGGAGUCCGUGGCGCAGCUCAAUAACACCUACUCUGAUGUUUCACAGCUACGAAUCACUUACAGUGUAUACAAGGCUGUGUAUGCCGUGGCCCACGCCUUGCACAAUCUGGAGCACUGCGAACCAGGAAGUGGUCCCUUCGUUGGGAACAGCUGUGCCAACAUCUCUAACUUUGAGCCGUGGCAGUUGAUGUACUACGUGAAGAAUGUGCGUUACAAGGUGCCAAACACGGAGGAGGAGAUCUACUUUGAAGAUGGGGACAUAAAAGGCUUCUACGACAUCAUCAACUGGCAGUUCAGUAGUAACGGUGAGAUGCACUAUGUCUCCGUGGGACACUACAACGGAUCUGCAGCUCCAGAGGACAAACUUCACAUCAGGAACGGCUCCAUCAUUUGGAACAAUGACGUUUUGGAGCCUCCUCGGUCAGUGUGCAGUGAAAACUGUCAGCCUGGCACCAGGAAGGGGAUCCGGCAGGGGGAGCCGGUCUGCUGUUUUGACUGCAUCCCGUGUGCAGAUGGAGAGAUCAGCAACACAACUAAUGCUCGUGAAUGCAUCCUGUGCACUGGAGACGAUUGGUCUAAUAGUGCUCACAAUGCAUGUGUACCAAAAAUCAUUGAGUUCCUGGCCUUUGGAGAGCCGUUGGGAAUCACCCUGAUUGCCAUCUCAGCCUUUGGAGCUUUAGUCACCAUUGCUGUUGGGAUUGUGUUUGUUAUGAACAUUGGCACACCCCUGGUAAAGGCUAAUGAUGUCCUGCUGAGUUUCUCGUUGCUCUUCUCCCUGGUGGUGACCUUCCUUUGCUCUAUCGUCUUCCUGGGAGAGCCAAAGCACUGGAGCUGCAUGACGAGCCAAGUGGCCUUAGCUCUGGGUUUUGCUCUCUGUCUGUCCUCCAUCAUGGGUAAGGCAGCGGUGCUGAUGCUGAGAGCUCAAUUCUUGAAAAAAGCCAGAGCCAGAGCCAAGGCAGCCGCCAAAGCUGCCAAAGCUGCAGCUGAGGCAGCAGCAAACAGUGGAAGUCCCGAUGUGAUUUUUACCAGCCCUAAUGCUGAGUCCAGUGUUUCUGAUAAACCCGAAGUUGACAGUCUCACCUUUGGCCACCAGAGGGCAAUAACUGCAGCGUUAACAUUAAUACAGGCUAUAGCAUGCACAGUGUGGCUCAUCAUCCUCCCUCCACAUCCCGUUAAAAACACUGCUGCCCAGAAUGUGAAGAUUAUUCUGGAGUGUGAUGAAGGCUCCAUUGUCUUCAUCUGUUGCAUCUUCGCUUAUGACAUCCUGCUGGCUCUGAUCGCCUUUAUCUUUGCCUUCAUAGCACGCAAACUGGAAGACCACUUCAGUGAGGCGAAGUGUAUGACCUUCGGCAUGCUGGUCUUCUUCAUUGUGUGGAUCUCCUUUGUCCCGGCUUACCUCAGCACACGUGGAAAGUUCAUGGUUGCAGUCCAGAUUUUUGCUAUCCUAGCUUCCAGCUUUGGCCUGCUGGCCUGCAUCUUCCUCCCCAAAUGCUACGUCCUUCUGAUCAAGCCUGAACGCAACAAAGAGGAGCUGAUGAAGCCUCGUCCUAAACCUCGUGAUGGCACCUCUACCGGGACUUCUGCCUCUCUCGCCACAGCUGCUACUGAGGUUACAACAGCUAUUGACUAAAAUUCAUCCGCAUAAAAAUGAUGAAAACAGAAAGAAGACACACUGGUUUUAUUUCUGUUAUUGUGUGUUAAAAAAUUACAAAUACAGAAAAAAAUCUGUAGUGCAAAAGGAAAUUUUUAUUUAUAUGAGCUGCUUUAGGGAGGAUUUAAAAGCACAGGAUCAGUGAAACCGCUGCCUUAGCAACAAAUAAAAACGAUCAGGAACAAGGUUAAUGUCUUUGUACAAAGCUAAAUACUGUAAUCAGUUAUUGUUUUAUAGAAAUCCAUCAUUUUUACAUAUCUUGUUUGCUGUGAUGUUUUCAAAUCCAGCAACAAGAAUUUCCCUGUAAGAUUUAGCCACUAAUGCUUUUGCUUCAUAUUGUUUCCUUUUCAAAGCCCAGACUUUAAAUUUGCAUCAUUGUUGCUCAUUUCUUUCUAGAAUUUGCAUCAUUGUUUUGCCUCAUAUUCUUAAAAUCUUCAUAAUACAUAAUCUUGUAAUUAUUGGUGAAAAAUGCCUUAAUGUAAUUUUUAUGCUUUGUAUGUUUUGACAUGCUUUUGAUCCCAAAGCAACAAAUAUUUUUUCCUCUGUUUUGUAUAGAAGAUUUGUUACUAGAAGUAUUUGCAGCAUUAUUUUGAGUAAAUCAA